AUGGCAUUUCUUACAGCCAUUGCUACCUCACAGUCUGUGUCGUCACGGUGCUUGGUCUCCCUCUUCUCUUCGUCUACGUUCUCAGUAUUCAUCAUUUUCUUUCUUUUUUUCUUGCAACAGGAUUUAGGUGGAAGACUAUUGAUUGUUAACAAGGCUUUUCCAGGAGGAGAGCGACCUGAAUGCCCACCCCGUUCAUUCGAACAGGCUUUUAGAAUCUAUGUUGGUAACUUGUCUUGGGAUGUUGACAAUGGUUGCCUAGAGCAGAUUUUCAGCGAAUACGGUAAGGUUGUGAAUGCCCGCGCAGCAUAUGACAGAAAGAUUGAACAAUCAUGCGGCUUUGGUUUUGUCACAAUAACCGAUGAUAUUGAAAUGAACGACGCAAUUGCUGCUCUUGAUGGCCAGAGUUUGGAUGGAAGGGAAAUAAGAGUGAAUGUUGCUGAGGACAUACCCAAACGCUCUUUUUGAGUAUUAGCUCAUGUAAUCAACAACCAUGGCAGCAACUGGAGUUUUUUGUUUUAUA